GGGCCCACCGACGGGGAUGACUAUAACGCCUAGAUAUCAAUAUUAUAACUGCGUGUAUUUGGAUCCGUCCAUUAUGUUAUUAAUGAAUAAAGAACAGAAGAUAAGGCUUAUGGGACGGCCUGAACAACGAUAAUAACAGCAGAUGACGACUACAACAACAACGAUGGAUGAUGGCGUGUACGACGCGAUCGUUGUCGGUGCCGGCGUCGAGGGAUCGGCAACAGCCUACCACCUUGCUAAACAACAUCAGCGUACACUGCUCAUAGAACAGUUCCCACUGCCCCACUCCCGGGGCAGCUCGCAUGGUCAGACCCGCAUUACAAGAAAGGCGCACGCGGAUGAUUUCUACACCGCCAUGAUGGCUGAUGCCUACCAGAUGAUGUUCCAGCUGGAGAAAGAGGCCGGAGUCAAGCUAUACAGGAAAACUGGAUGUUUGUAUAUCGGGCCUGCGGACAGCGACACUCUAAACAAUGUUGAGUCAUCGUUACAAAAGCACGGAUGUGUUCAUGAGAAAAUAUCCUCGUCCGAAAUGAAGGCACGCUUUCCUGGCUUCGCCGUUUCAGCUGAUAUGUGUGCCAUACUCGACUCUGAAGGAGGCAUUUUAAGAGCCGAUAAAAUGAUUUCUGCAUUUCAGACCAUGUUUAUAAGAUUCGGCGGCCAUCUGCGUGAUGGAGAGCCAGUGGAGUCCAUCCAGCCAGGCAACAUCGUGACCGUGAAGACCUCCAAGGGUUUGUACAAAACUAGGAAUGUGGCCAUAGCAGCUGGCCCAUGGGCGUCGAAACUACUCAAACCGCUUGGCCUCAAUCUUCCACUGAAGUGCAAGAAAAUACUCGUCAUGUACUGGAAGGAGAGAACUCGUGGAUCCUAUUCUGUAGACAGAAACUUUCCAGUCUUUAUCCAUAAAAUGAAACAUCCGACUGCUAUAUAUGGUCUGCCAAGCGACGAGUACCCUGGGCUUGUUAAAGUGUGUCUGCACCAUGGUCCUGAGAUUGACCCUGACCUCCGGGAUGAGGUUGACGUCACGUGGGUGAAGGAUACAGUAAGAGAGUACGUGACGAAACACAUGCCCGGGCUAGAAUCCGUGCCGUCUGUCGUAGAGAGUUGUAUCUACACGAACACACCAGACUCUCAUUUUAUUCUUGAUCGACAUCCAAGGUGGAGUAACAUAUUGAUAGCUGCUGGAUUUUCAGGGUCUGGCUUCAAGAUCUCUCCAGUUGUGGGCAAGGCAGUCUGUGAGCUCAUUAUGAAAACGACACCAUCUUACGAUUUGAGUUACUUCAGGAUAAACCGAUUUGCACCCACUUCCAGAAUGUAGACAGCAAACAACAAGGCCAAAGAAAAUAAAUUUCUGGUCUCUUGUCUGCCCGCGUGUAGAUUUUGACCCUCGUACGUCAAAAACAUUUAGGUGGUUUUUUUUAGUUCCCCCCCGCCCCCUAUGGUAUGACGUCAUUUUUUCCGGGCUUUUCUUGCAAGAAAAUAAAACCACAUUUGGAGUCAAAAUGGUCUAUAUGAUGGCUUGGACCAUCAGCUCUCUUUAAUUGCUCUCUAUAAUUGCUCUCGAAAACAGGUCCUGUUGUUCUGAAUAAGUAGAAUGGCUUGUUUUUAAAAUAUUUGCGGCCUAAGUCGAAGUAGGCCUAUUAAAGUAGCUUGGCUAUAUGGAAAAUGUAUAGGAAAAUAUUUAGGGUAUCAUAGCAAGGGAGGGGGCAACAUUCUUUUGUAUAUAAUAUAUUUCCUUCCACUGGUUAUCCGUGACUAUUUAAAUGUAGUUUAAAUUUACAGCUGUGUAAUAUAGGUCGCCAUGUAUAUUGUAUGUAUAUAGAAGAGGGCCUCGUAAGUUGUCAAAGUUAUGCCCGAUUAUUUUGUUCUUUGUACAAUAAAAUAUGUUUUCAAUCAAAAAUCAAUCAAUCAAUCAAAAGCAGAAUCGAAGCAACCGUAAACGACAUUUAGGGGUCCCCCAGUGAUAUGAGGUGAAAUACCAAGGGAACUUUGGGGGAGGUUUGGAGGGGGAUAGUAAAAAAAAGAGAAAAUUAAUCUAUAAUAAAAUUAUAACUAUCGCAAAAUUUAGGGGCGGCGGGUUCCUGCUCCCACCCUAGAUCCGCCUCUGGGCCCACCUGCUGUGUACAAGUGUGUAUGUCAAAUCCGCAUGUGAAAAUCGCUGGCACAAGCUACUGUAUAUUAUGUAAUCAGUUUUAUAUUUGAUGUUUAAUUAUGUUUUAUUAAUCACUAAUCUGAAAUAAAAAAUAUAUUAUUAUUAA